AAAAUAUUUAAAAGUUGAAAAAGGCCGGUAUCCUGGUAUUCUCAUUUACUUUAAUGUUUGCUGUUAUUACACUGUAUGAAAGUUAAUCAUAUACAUAUAGUCAAAAAUUUUGUAACCUCUAUAAUGAAACGAACAAAAACUACAAGAGCUAGUAAAAUCCUUAAACAAGAACAAGAGGAACAUCAAUCUGAAAUUAAAUCCAACCCCAAAGUAGAUUUAUCGGCAUUUAAAAAGGUGCCUAAAUCUAAAUUAACGAAUAAUAUAAAAGUAGAAGGAGUUGGAGAAAAGUCAAAACAAAGUCAAAUACAAUGUAAAGAGGAAGAAAUUUUUAAACAAGACCCCGAAAAAGAACUGAGUCCUACUAAAAGACAGCACGUUAAAAUAGAGUACGAUGAAGUAGGCAAUGGAUCUGAUGUAAAAAAGAACAAGAGGAUGCCAGAGAACUGGGAGCAAGUUCUGGCAAAUUUGAAAGAAAUGAGGAAACAUUCAGAUGCUCCUGUAGACUCCAUGGGAUGUGAUAAGUGUCAUGACGAAAAUGCACCACCAAAUGUCAUGAGGUAUCAACAACUCCUUGCACUGAUGUUAAGUAGUCAAACUAAAGAUCAAAUCACCCAUUCCGCUAUGAAGAAACUAAUAGAUCAUGGUUGUACUGUUGAAAACAUAUUAGGUACAGCAGAUGAGAAACUGGGAGAACUAAUAUAUCCAGUCAGUUUCUGGAGAAAUAAAGUGAAAUAUAUCAAAAAAACUAGUGAUAUACUACAAAAGGAAUAUGAUUGUGACAUUCCAGAUACAGUGGAAAAAUUGUGCAAGUUACCAGGGGUAGGACCCAAAAUGGCACAUAUUUGUAUGGAAACAGCUUGGGAUAAAGUGACAGGAAUAGGUGUUGACACCCAUGUUCACAGGAUAUCAAAUCGUCUAAGAUGGGUGAAUACCAAUAACCCAGAAGAUACAAGGAAGGCUUUAGAAGAUUGGCUACCACAGGAAUUAUGGAGCGAGGUGAAUCUUCUACUUGUUGGUUUUGGGCAGCAGAUUUGCGGGGCUGUCAAGCCUCAGUGUUCAGCUUGUUUAAAUAAGGAACUUUGUCCUUUUGGUAAGAAAUAUCUAAAAGGAGAAGCAAAAACUAAGAAGACGAAAAGUAAAAAAUAAAUAGUUUAAGAUGAACGAUAUUUUCUUUAUCUCUAUAUUAUGUUUGAUCAAUCUGUUUUUAUAUUUUUUUAAAUAAACAAUGUUUCUA